AUUUAGCAGAGAGCUUAUCACUAGUUAAGGACUCGUGUGACUCAAGUAGUCACCUUCCGCGUCAAGUUCUUUCUUCCAUAUCACCCAAUCAGUCGAGUAAGCUUCGGAGAAAAUGGUUGUUUCUCUCACUUCCUCUCUUCAAUCAUUGAUAUUUCUUCCAUUUUCACCUUCUUCAAACCCUAAUUUCAUCAAUCUUACUCAUCCACAAUUAACUGGAAGGAGAAGAAAAAGAGGGCGAAAAGCUCUGCAUUUGGUUAUGCAAGCUAAUUCUAGUGACGAAAUCACCCAUGAAAGUUCGCCAAAAUUAAUUACUUUUCUGGGAAAAGGAGGUUCUGGAAAGACUACUGCAGCUGUUUUUGCUGCACAGCACUAUGCAAAAGCAGGGUUUAGGACUUGCUUGGUGACACAUUCAAUGAAUCUCACUGCUGAAUACCUUCUGAAUUGUAAUAUUGGAACAACGCCGGCCAUAUGUAGCGACAACCUUUCAGCUGUUAGGUUGGAAACAACUCAAAUGCUCCUUGAUCCUCUUAUGCGGCUAAAGAAAGCUGAUGCUCGUAUUAACUUGACACAAGGAGCCCUUGAAGGGAUUGUUGGGGAAGAGCUCGGCGUACUUCCUGGAAUGGAUUCAAUAUUUUCUGCACUAGCCCUUGAAAAGUUUGUUGGAACUCUGGGAAUUAAAGCUCUGAGCACUGAUAUCAAAGACAAAUUUGAUGUAGUCAUAUAUGAUGGUAUAAGCAACGAGGAGACUUUACGAAUGAUAAGUGCUGCAAGAGGUGCAAGGCUGUAUGUUAAGUAUCUACGUAGCAUUGCUGAAAAAACUGAUUUUGGAAGGUUAGCUGGUCCGUCAGUGUUGAGAUUGGUAGAUGAGGCCAUGAAUUCGAGUGGAGGCUCCAGUUUCAAUGGGAAAUUGACUUCAGAAGUAUGGGAUUCUCUUGAGCGGGUUCUUGAGAGAGGAGCUUCGACCUAUGCAGAUCCACAAAAGUUUGGCUGCUACGUUGUAGUAGAUCCAUGUAAUCCCAUAUCUGUAAAUACUGCAUUGCAUUACUGGGGAUGUACAAUCCAAGCUGGUGCUAGUAUUUCUGGUGUACUAGGAAAUCCUUCUCGAAACUCUUGUGUGGAAUCUGUGGAAAGUGUCAAGAAUAAUUUCUUGCCUUUGACAUUUGCAUUAGUUCCAAAUCUGGCAAAAUAUUCUUCCUUGGAUUGGGAUAUGAUAAUUUCGCAUACUGAGAGUAAGAAUGCAAGAGAACUUUUUCAUCUGCCGAAUGAGAAGCCUAGCAACAUAAUGUCCCCAGUCAAGUUUGAUCCUUCGAAAAGAUGUAUCACUCUUUUCAUGCCUGGCUUUGCCAAGUCAGAGAUCAAGCUGUAUCAGUAUCGGGGUGGAUCGGAGUUGCUGGUGGAAGCCGGAGACCAGAGAAGAGUGAUCGUGCUACCUCGUGAUAUUCAAGGAAAAGUAGGAGGUGCUAAGUUUACAGACAGAAGUCUUGUAAUUACAAUAAAAUAGUGAUUCUCCCAAGGGCGGGCUGAUGAUCAAAGUAAUCAAGCUGUAUGGAACAUAUCUUUUGGCCCUUCAAAAACAACAAUUAUUUUGAUAAGUUUGACUGCUUUUGUAGAGCUGCAUUGACAGGAUCACUUGAUACAGUAUGCUUAUGCAGCGAUAUUGCAUAUGUUUUUUUGGAGUCCUGGGAGAAUAAAAGUAAUAAAGUGUUCAUAUUGGUAGAAGGGAUUCUAAUUUGGAACCUAUUAUCUCCAAUUCUCAAA